UUGAAAAAUCUUAACUGCGUCUUAACGUAUAAGUAAAGAAUAAAAGAAAAUAAAUAAGUUACAUUGAAUCUGUUGUUAUAAAGACAAACACCAACUUAUAAGUGUUAAAUCGAAAUGUGUGUAUAGUUUAAAGAUAUGUAGAAAAAGGAUUUAUAAUGAUUUAUGACAGGGUAAAUUUAAGAAAUUAUGGCAAGGCGGAAGUAAUGGUGGAACAAUUAUGGAUCGAAAUAAAACGCACGAAAAGCGUUUUUUCUGUAAGCCAAUUCAACUAUAUCUAAAGACUUGCAUUUUGUUACAUUAUCUUUCGACACGUUUGGCUACUGAACUUUCGUUUACUGCAAGAAAAAGCAAACAAUUGAAAGACACAUGGAGUGAAUGGGUCAUAAAAGGAAAUGAUGUGCAUUUACUUGAGUGUUUGCAUAUUUUGAAACCAAAUGCAUUGAAAAGAUUACUAAAUGAAUUAUAUAUGUGCCGCAAAACGCUUUAUGAACAUAUUUACAAAAGAACGGAUAUUUCCUCAGAUUCAUUUGAUGAAAUCGGAGCUUCCAUUCAAAGUAAAUGGAAUGAGUGGUUACACUGGCAAAGAGGUGCAAAAGAUGAGACAUCGUUAACGGCACUUGAGGAAGAACUAAAUCGUCUUCAAAAUGGAAAUUCUACAGACGAUGAAAGGAAGGAAUACUCUCACUUCUUGGAGUGUUUCCCUCACUACGAAACUCAAGAGGACCCAGAUACGGAACCGGUUAUAAGCUUAAAGGAAUGUAAUGGAGUUCGGUCUGAUGCAGCAGCUGCUGCUGAUCGGAAUGACCAUGACGGCAUUCGCUUCCGUCCGUUGAACUACAUGUUCAGACAAAUAACUUUAGGAUCAUGGUCUCAAAAACUGGAGAUUCUAAUAGAGGAACAGAGAGGCAUAGGUAGAUUGACAGCACAUAAACAAAUGGCAGAAAUAGACCUCAGAAGAGCGGUACAACAUGCGUUGGACGAGCAAAAUUUCCCAGAUGAUGGUUUAACCGAGCAGUUGGAAGGAAUACAACGGAACGGUAUUUUGGAGAUAGAACGAAUCCAUGAAAACUUCAAAUCUGUCAUCGAGGAAGUUGGAAGAGCAACCCGACUUAGAAUUGAUGAAGAAACGACUAUUCAACUAAGCAGAUGUACUUUGCUAGAUACUACUGUUCAAUGCUUCGAGGUGAAGACUGCAGAUAUGAGGAUGAAGGUGAAUGGAGCAAUCGACAGGAUCAGGCACCAGAUCGAAAUGACAGUCCCUGUUCUACAUUGACAAAGAAUACCGUAGCUAUAUUACGCAUAUGAUUAUUUUUGAAAUACAGGGCCAAGAUAUGUAUCAAACAAAUUGCAAUAGAAGUCAGUUCAAUACCUGAUUUCAAAAAAAUAGAUAGAAUUGAUUUAUGCUAGUAUCAGCAAGCCAUAAAUUACAAGCCAGUUUUUUUCUUUGUACCGCAAACGAUUUUUAAACUGAUUUGCACUUUUACUAGUACGUAAAGCUACACAUACAUUAUACGUACACCUCGUGUUUUGCAACCUCUCUAAUAUCUAACACUUAAGGUAAAGUUCCAUCAACAUUUUACAGUGUGUAUACCAUGUGAUAAAUUGCAUCAUAAAUGCUUUGUCGGAAGCCAAUAUUUUGCUUCGAAUGAAGAAAUUAAACGAAUAUAGUACAUAGGUUUGAUUUGUAGAAACACACUAUUCGAUAAUUGGAUGUUGUCAAUUUUUAAUAACUGUCGUUUGCUGUCUCUGAAUUUAAUUGACAUUUUUUACGUUUUAAUAUGAGUUUUGUUUAUUUCUCUUUUUUUGCGCUGGGGAAUAUCAUCGCCAUAAUAUAACACUUAAAUUCGUAUCUUUUUCUCUUUUUAAAUCUUUGUUAUUUUUCAUUUUCGGCUGCGGGUCUAAUAUUCAUUAACAGUCAUUACUAGGCAUAAACCGGUUAAAAUGCGUGAUGUUACAGAUGUAUGCUAAUUGUACCUUGUAAGACGUGGCGCUAAUGCUCUAGAGGGUUUGCAGUAGUCACAUAUAUGGGGUCGUUUGCAAGCGGUUUAUCUUGUUCAUGUUUUGUACCAUUCCUUUAUACAAUAUGAAUGUAUCUUCGGCGAAAUGUGUCAUCAUACAUGGGGGACGCACUGUUAAUUCGGUUUGAUUUAUGCAUUUGAAGGUGAUGUCUGUAUCUCAUCUGAUCGUUGAAGGUGAUGUCUGUAUCUCAUCUGGUCGUUGAGUUAUGUUCAGUUUGCUCUUAAAUUUUGAAACAAGUGUGAGGUUGAGAUCGUGUAACCUGGUUUAACCCAAGGUGUAAUGGGGGUAAUGGUCAUUCUUAAGCAAUACUCCAAUUUUUACCGAAAACGGAAUUUUGAAAUGUAUGUAAACUGUGUAUGUAGUCUUAUUUCGUUGUGUUUCGUUGGAUGAGUGUCUGUUGGACUUUGGUCCUUGUAACAUAAAGCAAAUUAUGCACAUAUUAUUGUUUUGAGGCAGCGGCGGGCUUACAGGGGAUUUAGGAAAUAGCAAGGGGUCGGACAUAUACCAUGAAACUUGAAUUAUUUAGCGCGUUUUCUAUGUUAAUACGUUAUCCGAAGACGGAUGAAAGGCCCGCUGAGACCUCCAAUUUCUCAAAUUUAAAAAUAGAAUCAGCCGGAUUUGUGUUUUAAAGCUUUCGAAGAAAUUUCACAAAUUCCUCUGCACCAGGGCUGGGAUUCAGACUACACAAUUUAAAUUUUGUCUAAAUCCACUUUGUAUGCUUAGCCCGCAAUGGGGGCAAGACAUUGCUAGGCGAAUUGUAUAUAAUUGUUUGAUACCUAGACUCACCGCUGUAGUUUUCAUAAGAUUAUUGGAUGUAUCGGUUCAUCAGAUUACAUGCGUCUAUUUAAUCCAGGUACAGUUUUUGCUAUUGGGAUUGUAGCUGUAAUUUCAACUAAAUCACGAUCAUUAUUUGACAAAGAAUGAGCUACAUCACUAAAUGCUUCAUUCUAUGUAUUGUGAUUGUAUAAAAGUUGUGUUAAUAUUUGUAUCUUUCAAAAUAAUAACGAACCAUAGUAAAAUAUCCAUAUUUCAAAUUGAUACGGAUGAAUUUUAGGUAUUUGCGUGUAUGGAAAAUGAUUUUAUACUAUGAUUACCUUGGUAAACUAUUUUAUAUUAGUCUGCUAUUUUACCAAAUCGUGUGGUAACUGCCAGCACGUACCAAUCGGCAUUAAGACAUAGCCGGAUUCGGUACAUUUUAGCCUUAACCCCACUAAAAAUGGUACAUAUUGUUUAAUUGAUUAAGAAUAUACAUACUUAUAAUCAUACUAGAUAAGUUCUACGUGGAACUAGCACUGACUUAUAACAGUGGACCUGUUAUUUUGAAAGUACAAACCUAAUUAUAAUUACUCAGUGCUAUGUAAUUAUCAUGUUAAACUCAUCGUUAUUUGGUGAUGGUUUAAAAUGAAGAAAUGUAGAAACUUGAAACUUGAAACUUGUUUAUUUGAUUAAACGCCUAUUUUUACAUAAAAUACUCAAUGGCGUUGUACAAAUGUAGUACCAAGUAGAAUAAAAUACUCUUUCCUCAAGCUCAAGCUCGACUCACUUUUCAACGUCACAGCAUGCCAUUAAUAUAACUUAUUAAUGCUUAACUCCUUUUAAAAGCGCAAUCUUUGUUCCCAUUAUGUUAAUACACACAUACAACUUUUUAUCCAGAUUUAUUUUUGUUAAAUGAAUUUUGAAUCAUGCUUUGUGGUUCUGUUAAAGGCCUGGAUGAAUGACCCCAAAUAUCCUACCGAACAGCCAUUAUGCCUAUUUGACAGAGGAGAUGUGGUCAAUGAGGUUUAUGUGAUCUGCUCAGGUCAGCAAUUUUGAAUUGAAGACAUUCACAUGGCUUGUGGUGUUAUAUGAUUCUGAUAGUGGUUCAGAAGAAUAUGUCCACUGGUUUCUCAUUAGAGAAUAAAUAAAUAAAUACAUAUUAUAUAUCAUGACAAAUACUUCAACGAAUAAUUGUGUUAUAAUAAGCCAUAUGAUAGUAUAUAUCUGCCCAGAUAUAUAGUGGAUGUUUCCCGGCAUAUGCCCAUUUAAACCUCUUACUAUAAUAGUAAACCUGUAGUAAACAUGAAUCGGUAGUAAACUACAGUUGGCUAUUAGAGGCUCAUGAACUUUCAAGAUCUGUCAAUCAACAUUGCUGGGAAAUUGAUUUUUUUGUCAUUCAGAAAAAAAUACAUCUGAAAGUAAACGUAUAACUGUUUAAACUCACGUUUAUAAUAUAUUAAAUAAACCAUGUGACAAAUUUAAACAAUUCAUGUUUGUUAAUUAUUUGUAUAUUUGAAAAAAAAAAGUUAUGGCAGUCUAUACUAGCAGACAGCAAUGUUAGGUCAAGUGAAAUGCCCAUUGUUCUAACUGUCUGCCUUUAAUACUAUUACCCCGGCCUUGAAGUGAAUUGUGAUUGAGGAAUGACUUAAUUAUAAUUUGUGAUAUAGAGCCUGGUGUGCCAAUUGCAAAUUAUGAUGAAAUAUAAAAGAAACACUGCAAAUUUAACGUAUCUCGUAUUGAAAAGGAAAUUCACAUUGAAAUUUCAUGUCUAUACAUGCCUUGGAAAUAAAAUUCGGCAUACAUUUUAUCCGUACGUGUAGUUGCAAACAAACUGCACUUGCUUUUAGAGCUUUAUGUGUCAUUUUUAAAGGCCGAGCAGCUGCUUCCUGCGAAAUGCUGUAUAGCUAUACUUUGUCAACAGUAUCUGUAACAAUAAAUAGUGCUUUCCCAAAACAUUUGAUUCAUCAUAUGUGUUGUUAACAGAAGGCUCUGCUCAGUAUCCUCUGAUGAUAUGAUGUUUUUUUGUGAAAAUUGUUUGUUAUAUAUACAACGAACCUUUUUGGGAUGAUCAUAUCAAAUUUGUUUUUAAAAUCAAUUAUCUGUCAUAUGAGUGGAUGAAUUCAUAUAUCAUAUUCAUUUUGUAAAGUUUUGGUAUUCGCUACUCCAUGUAAUAUUAAUGUCUUUGACAUAUCCUGAUACAUAUACUUUAACUGUACAUGUUAGUUCAAAAGAACUCAGAUACUGGAUAUUAUAAGUAUCCUUUGACAAUGUCACUUUUCUGUGAAUGCACUUUUUGUUCUGUAGUUGUAUCUUCCAAAACAAUAACUUAAAAUAAUUAGAUGUUCAUAUAUAUAGUUGUAUGGAAUCAACUAUUGAUAACAUGAGUGCAUGGGUACUGAACUGCAAGUUGCUAAAAUAUGUAAAAUGAGUUUGUUGUCUUAAUAAAUGGGUAUAAUAUCAUUAGUUUGGUUCAAUGUAGUAUGGUUUUGGAUCAAUACUGGUUUUCCUUUACGUGAAACUAGCAUUGAAUAAAAGCUCAUGUUAAGAAAGUACCUGCAUUCAUGGACCUGUUAUUUUGGAAGUACAAUCGUAAUUAUAAUUGCUCCUUUCUAUGAAAUUGUAAUGUUUAAUCAUUGAGGUGGCUGUUGUAGUAUGUUAAGCUGGUCGAAAUGCUGGCGAUGAUUGUAAAAGUAGAGUAUGUACUUUAAAAAUUUGGAAAUGUAAGAAGUAGCCAAGUCCAGAGUUGUUAUCAUAGCAUAAAUAAAAAGUCUGGGCACAAGGGCUUACCUAUUUUUGCAUUUUCAUCUUUUCAAAAUCAGACUGCUCUAGCCAACCUAAAUUUCGUAUUGGUUAAAGUAAGAAGUAAGUAGGAUGGAAAGUGCCGAUAAAAAAAUGCACAAAUGCUCCCAGCACUAAUAUUCUGACUUUGAUAGUUAAUGUAACGUUGUUUGAAUAAUGCUUAUUCCCUGUCAUCCAGUUUCAAAUUUGAAGCGUAAAUGGUGUAAACCUCAACAUUAUGAUUAACAUGUUAUUUAAUAUGCUUGCUGCUUGUUUUAUCCCAUUUCCAUUGUAUUAUAGUUGUUUUAAUGCAAAUGAAAGACAUAAAAAUCAUACACCUAUUAUCAUAACCUCGCUAGAAAAUCUGAUAUUUUUGUAAAUGAAAAAAAUAGAAUAAGUAAUAUAUAUACCUUUUAUUAUUAGCUUACUAGAGAAUAUCAUUUAACACUGUAACUUCUUUGUAACUUUUCCAUUGCAUUUUUGUAGUUUUAUGUAAAUGAAUGGCAUAAAAAAUCAAAUAACUAUUAUCAUUAGUUGACUAAACAAUGUGAAAAUGAUAUAUUUUGUUUUAACAUAUACCUAUUAUUACUAGCUGACUAGAGAACCUUAUACCUUUAAAAACUGUAACUUUUUUGUAACAUUUCCAUUGUAUUAUAUUUUUUGUUAUUGAAAAAAAUCAAAACAAACAUCAUGCACCAACUAUAAUUAAUUGACUAGUAAGUCUGAUAUAUGUUUUAAAUGUUUUUUGAUUUAAAUCUUACAUGAAUGAGAAUUAGCUGACUAGAGAAUCUGAUACUAUUUAUCACUUUAACUUCUGUAUAACUCGACAUAUAAAAUGUUUGAAAUGUUCUUAUUAUUUUAAAAAUUAUUGCAUUUGCCAUUUUAUUUAAAAUAAUAUCACUGUUUGUUGCAACUGUAAUGUAUAUAACUCGCCUUUUAUAUAUUUUUUAUUUUUUUAAUGUUUUAUUUACAAAUAUAUGUCUAGUUAAUUUAUUCAUGUGUGUGUCUUUGCUGUGAAUAGGAAUUGAGUUCAUCAUUUAUAUAAGAUGAAGCUUACUGUAAAAUACUGCUUUGUAAAAAGAGCCAUAAUUUUAAUUCAUUUCUCGAUGUUCAUCCAACGCUGGCGUAGCUCCAUGCAGGCACUGCAAAUGAUUUUCAAACUUUGUAUUUUUAAAAAAGUCCUGCAACACAUUUGAAACUUGUUAGCGUUUUUUGUUUUUAAUAUUCCAAGAUAAAGUGAAACAUCGCCCCUGAGGUCCUGAGAUAAUCCUGCCUUUAACAAAUUGUGAUUGCGCAUGCCCACUAGCCGCCUAUAGCACAACGGGCCUAUACAUCAAGUAUUGUCUAUCUACGCCCCUCGCCAAUGAUUGAUUAUUGUUUCACCAAUCAAAUUUGUGUAUAUACUACCCCCCUUCCCAUUGCCCUUCCCAUUGAUUACUGUUUCACCAAUCAUAUUUCUGUAUGUAUUGUGUGAAUGGACACUUUUUGUACUCUUUUAAAGGGAUUCACUGACAGAUAACUAGUAUGUGUUGGCAACGAAUUUUUUAAAGAUGCACUUUUACUCCCAAAUAGAAUUACCACAAUUAAUAUAAUUGUUUUAAUAUACCAAAAAGUGUGAAUAAAUGAAUGUAAAAACAAUGGUUCUUAUGAGGAAUACCAAGUUUAAUUUGAAAGAAAGGUGCAGAAAACACGGUAUUCCUACCAUAUGAAAUGAUAGUAGAUCCGAGUAAAUCUUUUAGCAUUUACCAAUCAUUUAAUAUUUUUGCGUUUUCAGCCUAUAACAUUGUUAUAAGUAUUGAAUAAUUUCCAAAAGUGCAUUGUUUAGUAGUGAAGUAGUUUAAAGUUUUUCACUCAAAAUUUAUGUUUGUUAUAUACAUGUGUGUGUUUGUAUUGAUUUUGAAUAAGAGUGCCACUUCGAACUGUGUUGAAAUCAAGUUAUUUUUCUUACUCUAAUGAACAAACUUCAAAAAUAAAACCAAUUGUCAACUACUUAUUUUAUCAGAAUUUCGCAAAAAAGACUUAAAUAAUUCAUUUUUAAAUUGUGUUAUUUACUUUUCGGGAAAACAGAGCAGUUUUUGUCGCAUUCUCAUGAACAACAGAGCCCAUAUUUGAACUGUUGAUGAUGUUAUCAUUGUUUUAUCAUUGUUUUAUCAUUGUUUUAUCAUUGUUUUAUCAUUGUUUUUUCAUGCUCUUUCAACAUCUAUACACAUUGGGGUUAUCUUACCAACUCACUUAUCGUUUGAUCGCUUUUUCAUUUUGUUUUAUUAUUUCUGAAUAGUUUUAGUAUCUAUUAAGAAAACAUUAGCGUAAUUGACUAGCUAAGGGACAGUUUAUUUUAUAAAGCAAGUUCAAAUCUCAAUUUGAUUUGUAACACUCAAUAAAUAUUAUACAUAUAAAAAAUCUUUAUCUUACGAUAUACUAUUGUACACUCGUUGAUAAGAUGGCCCCAUUAUAUAUUACAUAAUAUUCUUAUACUUUAUGUGUGUUUUUGUAAGUGUGUGUGUUUGCAGUGAAUAAAGG